CUUACGGUGACCGCCACACAGCCGUUGGAUUUUCAUUUGAUUUACAUUUUCAUCAUUUUCAAUUCUAUCGUGGGAAAAAGCAGUUGAAAAUUGUGUGUAUAUAUUGGCUUGUGGAAUCCGCGGUCGUGCGAAGUUUUUCCGUGUAUGCUGCCGUCAUUGCUUUGCCUUUUAGCAUUUCUUGUCAUUGCAUCGAUAUUUUCAUGCAGUGUUUCUUCAUUAAAAUUUUCACUCGACUUCCAAACUAAAUUGAAUUAAGAAAUAAUAUUAACGAAAACGAAAUUCUUGCAUUGAAGAAAUGCUAGUGAAAUGAAAUAAAAAUUUUAAUGUGAAAGAUUUCAUGGAAGAAAUUUGCGAGAAUAAAAAUCUGUAGUGCAUUCGGCGUGUCUUUCGAGCGUAGAAAAAUAUAGAGAUUUCAAAAAAGUGAAAAGCGUAUACAGAAUUGCAAUAAAUUUAAAAUUGUGGAAAAGUGAAAAUUUACAAUUUUUAAAUACAUUAUUGAGAUUGUGUUGGCGGGGGAAACGGUGCGCAAUUGAAGAAAUCUUGCGAUAGACAUUCAGAGCAUUUGCCAAAGUAGGCGCAUUAAGCAGAGCAAGGAAAAAGUAGUAGCAGCAAUAAUAAUAAAAAUUAGUGGCAAAUUAUAAACGACGACGACUGUGAUACUCGUAGAUGAUGGCGUUGGCGCUGGUGGCGAUGUCGCUUUGAAAACGCCACUAUACAGACAAAAUAUACUAAUAAUUAAAAUUAAAUAAUAAAAAGGGGUGUGAUCGCGCAGCUGCUGGCUGUACGUUUGUCAACCAGCUAAGCACAAACGUAAGUGGGCGCUCGUCCGGAAGAGGUUGUCUUGUCUUCCGCAGCUCUAUUUUUGUUUUGCAUUACUUCUUGGAUAUGUGGGCGCAGUUGGCGACCUGCUGACGGCAUGCGCUUUUCUACGCUCGGGCGCGCUUUUCUUCACCGUCCCAUUGCUGACACUGAGCUGCUCGACUAGCUGUCAAUGCGCCCGCCUCUUGUCCAACGUGUUUUACUGGUUUCGUCUUCACAUUUCUUUGUUGUCUGAGGUACGAACGGCAAAUUUCUUGCAGCUCAGUCUUUUCUCACUAGUUGACUGCAUCAAAUGCAAAGGAUCUACUCGCUGAAAAUCGCCAAUUCCUUAAAGUGCAACGAAUAAGUCAUCCUUCGAGGUGUGUGCGUGUAUUUAUAACGGCACAUUGUUUUUGCAAUUACUUUAGCACCACCUCUGUGGCUGACGUCUCUCUGUAUUUGCUGUAGUCCACAUGCAUUUUCCACAUUGUUUCCACAUGCCAUGAUGCGUUACUCGGAAAUCUCCAGAGAAUUAUCGUCGGAUAGUUUACGUUACGUUGAGUUGGGUGACGAGUAUCUUUACAGGAAUUUGCGCGAGGAUUCACCACGUAGUGAUACUCAAUCGAACGGUAGCAACGGAUAUAUGGCGCCACCAACAUUCAUUUCCAAUAACCAACACCAUCAUCGCACGCAACAAGAACAAUCUACUUCGCAGCAGCAACAACGUGACAACUACACUAAUUCGAUGAGCAAUUGCGGCCAACAACACACGGCCGGUUUACGCAAUUCGAAACGGUAUUCGUGUGGGCGUGACGGCAGUCAUGAUGGCGCUGCCACCAUCUCCUAUAUGCGACCACGCAAGGAUAGCACACGUUCGACACAGAGUUGUCAAUUCGAUGCAGAACAGUUGACGCAGGCAAUCGCUAGCAAGACAAUGCAUGUGAAAAGUAGUCGUCGCAAAAAUUCCAUUGGCUGCCUGAAUUCGUUAUCCUCAUCGCCGGGUUCACCCGGUUGCUAUUACUGUGUUGGCACCGCUCCACCGCCCGGAAAGAGCCAGAGUUUGCCUGCACGUUCCUCUAUGAAUAAUUUAGAUGCUGUCAUUUUGAAUGCUCUACGUGUGCCCGCUGAUGAACUGGCCAAUCAAAUCACUCUGUUAGAUUUUCCUAUCUUCGCUGCCAUACAACCGGAUGAGUUAACCAGUUGCGCUUGGACGAAGAAGGAUAAACAUGUUGUUACACCGAAUAUUGUUGCAUUUACGAAACGUUUCAAUCACACCAGCUUUUGGACUGUACAGGAGAUAUUGAGUGGCGAACAGCCAAAGCAGCGUGCGGAAAUACUGACACACUUCAUUAAGGUGUCCAAGAAGCUGCACGAACUGAACAAUCUGCAUUCGCUGUUCGCCAUCAUUUCCGCCAUGCAAAGUGCUAGCAUUUUCCGUUUGAAAAAGACUUGGGCUUGCCUCUCCAAAAAGGAUAGACAAGCAUUUGAACGACUAAGCGAUAUAUUUAGCGAUCAAAAUAAUUGGGAGAAUUUACGUGCCUAUUUGGAGAGCUUACGCCUACCAUGCAUACCCUAUUUGGGUUUAUUUUUAACUGAUCUUAUUUACAUUGAUUUGGCGCAUCCGCACAAGGGUGGUCUGGAGCCAGAACAGCGGCGCAAUAAAAUGAAUAAUAUAUUGCGCGUCAUUGCCAAUUAUCAACAAUCGGACUAUACGCAUAUACAGCCAAUUGAGGCAACACAAAAGUACUUGACUUCAAUACGAUAUAUUGAAGAGUUGCAGAAUAUCUUCGAAGAGGAUCAAUACAAAAAGUCCUUAAAAUUAGAGCCUGCAUCACCGUCCGGUCCUAGUUCCUCCUCUUGCAGUUCAAAGGAGUCCUUCAAUGUUGAUGCAGUUACACCAGCGCUUGCUUGCCUGAAUCUCUCACCUGCCAAAACGAUCGGUUCUAUGCGUAUAACUAAUAACAGUGGCAAUAAAUUCAUACCCGGCCAUCGUAAAUGUCGCAGUCUGGGCACAAACAUUUUCGCGAAAAUAACACAUUCUCACAACGACAGCGCCAACUAUGGCAAUCCUUCUAUGGUGUUGGGUUACGGCGACGAAUAUCACCUAAACGACCACAGUGUGCUUAGUCAACAACAAGCGCGCCAUCUGCUCGACGAUUCAGUACUGGAGCAUAGCAGUAAUAUGCUUAGUAGUGGUGAUGCCACUUCAAAUGAUAGUGCCGAAGGCGUACUCUGCCAUAACAGUGAUUUGGAGCUGAUAUAUGCGCCCUCACACGACCUCGAACACUGCGUGCAGGGUUGUGUGCGUCGCAAGACCGUACAGAAGGAGGGUCGCAAACCGGCGGUGGCUUCAUGGCAACGCUACUGGCUGCAGAUUUGGGCCAAUUCACUGGUUUAUUUUCCGCCCAAAUCAUUUAAAGGUAGUGAACGUAGCGACUUUAAGCGUGAGCCAUGCAAAGUGUGUCCGCUCGAGGGUUGGUUUGCGCAAGUCGUCGAUAAUACGAAACAUAAAAACUCAUUUGAGUUAUAUCAUCGUUCACUGGGCACGAUCUACAAAUUUCGCACGGAUAGCGCACAGGCAACACAACUUUGGACAGCAUCCAUUUGUAAAGUGGCGAUGCAGCGUAGCGCACCCAAACCAUUGCCCAUCAACUUGAUGUCUUUUGAGUGAUGUGGUGAUGGUGAAGAUGGGAUAAGUGUGUAAUGGGAAUGGGGGAGUAAAUUGUGUCAAAUUCAAAUCGCAUGCCGUGAAAGAGGAGAAGGAUAUAUGUAGGUGUGGCUCGAUUAAUUGAGCUCAAAUGAAUAUAGUUUUAGAAGCAUCUGUGUUCAAAAUGAAAUUUCUUCUUUAAGCUACGCUUGUUGUGGUUCAGGCUUACUUAGCUUACUUUUUGCCACGAUUAAUGUUUGUUGCUUUCAUUUAACUUGUCUAUUAAUUACUCAAGGACAUACAUAUAAGUAAAUGUAAUUUGACGAAGGUAUCGGCGACACUAUUAUGGGGGGCAUCUACUCCACUAUACACACAUACAUACGUACGUGUUUAAUGAACGAACGAAUUCUUUAAAGACUGAUAUAUGUCUGGGCAGACGGACUCGACGAAUUCAAUGGAAAGCUAAAGGAGACUUAAUGAAAACUGGGAAGUAAAAUCAAGGGAGACUCAUAGGAAACUCGAAAUGAAAUCAACGCAGAAUAGUUGGAAAUUCUUAACAAAAUGAAACGAAAGCAACUUUCUUAUAAUUUUUUUUUUUUGUUUUAGAUGCUAACGCAAUGAAUUUGUAAAAAAUGAUAGUUCGUAAUAAUAAUUUUUCUAAGCAAUUUUUGUAAGGCAUUUUAACUGUUACACCUAUCACAUAUACGAUAUUUAAUAAGUGCAUAUGCAGGAUUUGAAGAAUGAUUGAAAUAUUCUGAAUUGCUUAUUAUCUGAAAGGCUUGUGAGAGAUUUCAAAUACAUAAUCAUUCACUUGAAUGAAAUAAUGGUUCUCGAACAUUUUUGGAGCUGAAUAACAGCAGAAUGAAAAACAAUAAUUGCUUGAUCAUCAUUUUUAUUAGCACAUCAGGAUUAUCCACGUUGCGAAUUAAAAGCAUUCAAUAAAACUUUGGGUCGUAGAAACGUUCGGAAAACAUCAAAGCAUUCAAUAAAACUUUGGGUCGUAGAAACGUUCGGAAAACAUCAAAGUGUGACGAUGAUGCAGUGGUCUAAUUCGCUGGCCAGCACUCUAAAUAGAGCAAAAAAAUUAUUAAACGAAGAAAAAGGAAAUUUUGAGCAUACAAAUAAUGCGAAAACAUUUUGGAAACAUUAUUUUACGAAUUCUGCGCAUACGCAAACGUGUGUCGGGUCGGUAUUAAGAAAAAAUAAUAAAUAAAUAAUUGAAAAAUUAUACAAUAUAAAAGAGAAAACUUAUCAGCUGGUGGACUUCCGCAAUAGAUUUUAUAGCAGCCUGAAAGCAAUUCUACAGCAUUCUUUCUAUCCAAGCUUAAGUCGUGUUUAUUAGGCGGUCUGAAGCGGUGUAUGCGAAAAUAUAUAAAUUUAUCAAUGGAAAGUAAAUAAAUAUUUGUAUGUCUUGUAGCGUUUAUACAGUAAAUUAAAUUUUGUAACUUUUUAUCACAAUAGCAAAUUUUUCUAUUAGCAUACAGUAAACAUAUGUACAUACUUACAUACUUACGAUAUACAAGUCUAAGCAUUUAAAAAAAAACGAAAAUUAAUAUAUAUAAUAUAUUGUUCACUGGCUUUGAGCUUUUUCAUUUUAUAUGAGCGGUUUAAUAGAAUUUUUAUGAUUUUAUUAACUUAACACUUUGAACGCCAAACUUAUUUUCGCUUUUGACUUUUGUCGCCUAAACGCCAAUAUUACUAAAUUCGUCAAUUGAAGUGCAUACAACUUUCUUACGUUAUUAAUAUCUUAUUUCUUUUCUCUAUCAGUUAAUUUGUGUGUUUUUUUUUGUCUCAAGUCAAAUGAAUUUUUGGCGAUAGCCUUAUCAUUCUCGUAUUUCUGUUUCAAUCUAAUAUUUACAACAAAAUAGAUACUUCUUAUAGUAGUGUAUACUAGGGAACGGUUCUGUCCUCGCCAUGCUGCUUGAUUGAACGUAGCUGAUACACUCAGGGGAAAAGAGAUUGCUCCUCCUCAUUCUUCUUCGAUUUACAGAGGCAAGUGACUCGCGAUCUCUACCAAAUCCAACGCGACGUGCUAUUUUCAUCUCGUUUUUUGUCAUAGGUGCCUGUACUACACCUAAAUUUUGAGACAUUUUUUCGAAAUCGAUCAUUUUUUUUAGUUUCAAAAGUUUUGCUUCUGAGUGAUCGGAAUAAAGAGAAGCAAUUUAUCAUCACUCUCAAUUGAAAAAAUUAGCGGAAUCAGAAAAUAGAAGCGAAACAGUAUCGUUGUGUUUUUCAGGCCGCAUCUGAAUGCAGAACAGUUUUGAUAAAAAAUGUUGCCGUUCAAAAUUUCUAUAUCCUCCUGAAAGAAAUCUCACUUG